GAAACGGAACUCUGUCUGCGCGCGGGAUUUAAUUGUAGGAACAGCUCGCCGACGAUCAGCCGCUUUCCCUGCGCGCGGAGAUCAAUAAUCAAAGUACAUUAACCGUGAUCGGACUUAUUAAAACAUGGCGACUCCACCGAAGAGGCAGUGCCGGCUUCCCACCAAUCCGUCGCUGAGCGUCAGCUUCUCCCGCAGAGAGAAGAAGAUCUCCAUCGAGGGAAACAUCGCUGCAGGAAAGUCGACGUUUGUGCGUCUCCUGCAGGGGGCGUCAGAGGACUGGGAGGUGAUUCCCGAACCCAUUGGAAAGUGGUGCAACGUCCAGAAUGACAGUGACGACAUUUACCAGGAGCUGAGUUCCUCUCUGAAGAGUGGGGGAAACCUGCUGCAGAUGUUUUACGAUAAACCCAGCCGCUGGUCCUACACCUUCCAGAGUUAUGCGUGUCUCAGCAGACUGCGUUCUCAGCUUCAGUCUCCGUCAGUCAAACUUCAGCAGGCUGAAAACCCCGUCCAGUUCUACGAACGCUCCGUGUACUCAGACAGGUACAUGUUUGCGUCCAACCUGUUUGAGUGUGGUAACCUGUCAGACAGAGAGUGGAGUGUUUAUCAGGACUGGCACACCUGGUUACUGAAGCAGUUCGAACCUGAGAUCGCCCUCGACGCCAUUAUCUACCUGAGAGCCCAGCCACAGCGCUGUAUGCAGCGGUUGCUCCACCGGGGUCGGGAGGAGGAACAGGGGAUCCCUCUCGAGUAUCUUGAGCAGCUUCACUUCAAACAUGAAGCCUGGCUCUACCACAGGAACCUCAGGUUGGACUUCGAUUACCUGACUGAUCUACCCGUUCUGAUUCUGGAUGUCGAAGACGACUUCAAGAACGAUCGCAUCAAACAGGAAGCCAUUAUUGACAAGGUCAAAGAGUUUCUCACCACGCUGUGGAAUCAUCCACCAAUUACAGCCUAGGAUGCAAGCAGCAGGCGCAUCUGAUUGGACGAGCCACUUUGUAAAUGUUUCUCACAAUGAACUUUAAGAUUUGUUUUUUAACGCAACUCGUCUGAACGUCGACUCCAGUUUGAUAUCAGCCUGGUGUUCAAGCGAGGAACUCCAUUGAAAAACUCAAGUUUUUAGCUGUAGAGUUUACAUUCUUCUUCACUUCAUGUACAUUUUUAUUUUUUAUAUUUAGUGGAUAUGUUUUAAAAUGAGUCAAUGAGGUAUCGUGUGUAUGUAUGUAUGUAUAUGAACACUAUGUAUUUAAUGGAAUUAGCUUGAUAUUUAUGCUUCAGUCUGGAUCAUUUUUUCUCAUAAAAACUGCUUGGUGCUUCUUUGUCCUGACGGUUAGAUGUCAGUGGAAACACUACGAUGCCUUCAGGGACAAACUGUUCGUUGAAUAAAUUAAAUCAGCCUUAA